AUGUACUCGGCACACACCAUCGGAACCCGCAGUUCGCUGCCAAAGCCGGCCGAGCGCCGUACCACCGUCAUCGACAUUAGUGACGAUGACGAAGAUCACCAACCAACCUUUCCCGUCGGCCAUAUGGCGGACCCCGGCCUCCAGCUGGCCCCAUUGACCGCCGUCUUCACCCGGCCAAACGCCCCAUCACCGGUGAGGGGGGUGGAUGGCGCGCUCAUUAACCUGCCCAGUCCUCUGCAGAAGAUCAAGGAUGUUUUUGAUGGUGGGCUGCUCGACUUUUGGACGAUCGUCUCCAAUAUGCCCCCGAAAGAGGGCGAUACGGUUCUCCAGUAUCGGUUCCGGUGGAUUGCAUGGGGCAUCGACACGUUGGCCAGAGUCGUCAAGCUUUUAAGCCCCAAGAUUGGCCUCAGCGAAGAGCUAAGCAAGCAGAUCAACGUCAUAAUCAGCUGCGUGGUGACCUGCGUCGACUCGUACCUACGGGUUAGAAUCUCGAGGGAGGAGUACUUCAAGAACGCGAAGAAGAAGGUUAGCAACGGCCUCGAUAACUUCUACCUGCAGAGCAUCGCCAUCGGCGACGCAACUUCACUCUUGCGCGUGUUCAACCUAUCAUAGGGGGUUCAUGUUGAUGACGGGGUUCUCCAUGUUGGAGUUGGGGGCGUUGAGCGUCUUGACCGUAUUAUCCUUCUCGUUCCGGGGUAUCACUGGACCGUAUGGCGCCGAUCCAGGCAAGAGCAAAGCUCAC